UAUAGAGAGAUGGUGAUCUGAUAGUUGACUUGAGCUCAUACACAACAAGCAAUGCAACCAAGUCUUGAUGUGACUCACAUCAACUCUUCUCAUUAGUAUAUGACUUGAGAGACUUUGUUGAAAUGGUGAUCUUAGCCAUAAUAGAAGUUGCAAUAUGCUUGUUUUCACUUGAUAAUACAAGCUAAGCAAAUCUGAUCAAUAACACACACAAAUAUUUAUAUAUAUAAAGUUACAACUACUUUAGAAACUUACAUUAACACUACUAUGGCUUUAUCAGCACCACCAUAUAUUCUCUGCUUCUUUCUUCUUUUUAUGUUGCUGUUAUGCUCCUCCACUGCCCAAGCUCAAAGAAACAUAUCUUUGGGCUCAUCUCUUACUGCAGCCAACAACAACUUGUCAUCAUGGGAAUCACCAUCUAGUGAUUUUGCUUUCGGUUUUCAGCAAAUUGGGAAAGAUGGGUUCCUACUAGCUGUCUGGUUCAAUAAAAUACCUGAGAGAACUAUUGUCUGGUCAGCCAAUGGAGAGAAUCUUGUGCAGGAAGGAUCCACAGUUGAGUUGACAAAACUUGGGCUUGUUCUCCAAGACCCCAACCGCAAUCAGAUUUGGACUUCUGGUCUUUCAGGAACUGAUGUUGCUUAUGGGGCAAUGCUCGACACAGGUAAUCUUGUCUUGGCAAACCACAACUCUGCCAAUUUGUGGGAGAGUUUCAAGGAGCCAACAGACACAUUGUUGGUGGGGCAAACUCUGAGUCAAAACAUGACGCUUGUUGCUCGCUAUUCGGAGACAAAUUAUUCAAGUGGGAGAUACCAUUUUGUACUACAAUUAGAUGGAAAUCUAGUGCUUUACACAAGAAAUUUCCCACUUAACACCAGCAAUUUUGCUUAUUGGGAAACCAACACACACAAUGGAAUUCAGCUUAUCUACAACCAGUCUGGCUAUAUGUACCUUGAAGCUAAGAAUGGUACCAUACUACACAUGUUAUCAUCAAAUGGUACGAAUGCAACACAAGAUUUCUACCAAAGGGCUAUUCUUGAAUAUGAUGGUGUUUUCAGGCAAUAUGUGUACCCAAAGACCAAUGAUCAAAGAUCUAGUGGGUGGAAUAUGGCGUGGACUCAGUUAUCAGCCUCCAUACCUUCCAAUAUAUGCUUGCAGAUUCUAAAUAAAAUAGGGGGUGGAGCUUGUGGGUACAACAGCUACUGUAUGCUAGGAAGUGACCAGAGACCAAGUUGCCACUGCCCAGAUGGAUAUACUUUCAUUGAUCCAUAUGAUGAGAUGAAAGGCUGCAAACAGACCUUUGAAGCUCAAAGUUGUGAUGUAGAUUCAGAAGAUGCUGAUCAUUUCACUUUUAAUAGCAUGCUAAAUGCAGACUGGCCUGAGUGUGAUCUCGAGUAUUUUCAAAAGGUGGAUGAGAACUGGUGCAGGAAGGCUUGCUUGGGAAAUUGUUUUUGUGUUGCUGCAGUUUUUAGAGAUGGUGAUUGUUGGAUGAAGAGAAGUCCUCUCUCAAAUGGGAAGGUAGACCCCAAUGAUGGUGGGAAAGCUCUAAUUAAAUUAAGAAGAGACAAUUCGACUUCAAAGGCAGGAGGUAUAGAUGCCAGAAAGAAAGAUCAAUCUACAAUGGUACUCCUUGGAUCAGUACUUAGCAGCUCAGUUUUUUUGAAUGCCUUACUUGGAGCAGCUUUUUUGGUUCUUUUUCGCUUUGGUCAGAAAGCAAAGGUGAUUAAGCAUAAGCAAUUCUUACCAGAGAUGAAUUUGCAUAUUUUCACUUAUGCACAGCUAGAAGCAGCCACCAGUGGUUUCAAGGAGUUGCUGGGAAGGGGUGCUUUUGCUAGUGUCUUCAAAGGGGUUCUAGCAUUUGAUGACAACCAAUGUUUGGUUGCUGUAAAGAGGUUAGAGCACACGGUGAAAGAAAGUGAGCAAGAAUUCAAAGCAGAAGUAACUGCCAUUGGCCGUACAAAUCAUAAGAAUUUGGUACAGCUAAUUGGGUUCUGUAAUGAAGGAUUGCACAGACUUCUUAUCUAUGCAUAUAUGAGAAAUGGGUCACUUUCAAGCUUCCUUUUCGGACCUUCAAAGCCGAAUUGGCACCUGAGAGUGGAAAUUGCCUUAGGAACUGCAAGGGGACUAUUUUACUUGCAUGAAGAGUGCAGCACCCAAAUCUUACAUUGCGACAUCAAGCCUCAAAACAUCUUACUAGAUGACUCUUACACAGCACGAAUUUCUGAUUUUGGACUAGCCAAGAUUUUGAAGACAGAGCAAACUCGGACCACUACUGGAAUAAGAGGAACCAAAGGAUAUGUAGCUCCUGAAUGGUUUAGAAACAUGCCUGUCACUGCCAAGGUGGAUGUAUACAGCUAUGGAAUUUUGUUGCUAGAGCUCAUUUGCUGCAGAAGGAAUGUUGAAGAAAAUGUAAAGGAUGAGGCCCAUAUGAUAUUGGCUGAUUGGGCAUAUGAUUGCUAUGCAGGUCGGGAACUUGAGUUUCUAGUUGAGAAUGAUAAUGAAGCAUUACAAGACAUGAAAAAGGUGGAGAAGUAUGUGAUGAUUGCAUUAUGGUGCAUCCAAGAGGAUCCAUCACUUAGACCCACCAUGAAGAAAGUUAUGCUAAUGCUUGAAGGAACUGUUGAAGUCUCAGUUCCUCCAAACCCAACUUCAUUUAUGAGUUCAAUAUAAUCUACUUUUGUAUGCAAUCAUUUGUGUACUUCAUAUUGUGUGUUAGUUUCAGCCAAUUACAAAUGCUACAACUGUCUUAUGCAAUAGUUCUUGUAGUUCAUAGUGAGUGUUAGUUUCAACAAAUUAUAUAUGUGAUGACCUAUUGAACUUUAAUUGUUAUAGAUUUUUGCUCAAACAAGUGAAUACAGUGACAAAUGCUACAACUUUCUUUUCCAAUCA